ACUUCAGAGACCUCCGUUAAAUUGAUAGUGCUCACUUUUGAAAGUCCCUUGGAACUUGUUCUUAAGCAGCUCUUUCACUUAAACAUAUACACACGCACAGAUAUACAAAGAGAGGGAGGCGAAGCAGUGAGCUGGACAGGAUGGGACACGAGGAGAAACCAGACUUCAACCCUCCAGGCGGUCAUGUUGGAAAGUACCAAAUCAUCCGUACGCUGGGUGAAGGUUCGUUCGGUAAGGUGAAGCUGGCGUACCACCUCACCACUGGACAGAAAGUUGCUCUGAAGAUCAUCAACCGGAAGACUUUGGCCAAGUCCGACAUGCAAGGCCGUAUAGAGCGUGAGAUCUCGUACUUGAGGCUGCUGAGACAUCCUCAUAUCAUCAAGCUCUACGACGUUAUCAAGUCUAAGGAUGAGAUCAUCAUGGUGAUCGAGUUUGCCGGGAAGGAGCUGUUCGACUACAUUGUUCAAAAGGGCAAGAUGGAGGAGAAUGAGGCCAGAAGGUUCUUCCAGCAGAUCAUCAGUGCUGUCGAGUACUGCCAUCGUCAUAAGAUUGUUCAUAGAGACUUGAAGCCUGAGAAUUUGUUGCUGGAUGACCAACUCAACGUGAAGAUUGCCGAUUUUGGGCUCUCCAACUUCAUGAGUGACGGUAACUUUUUGAAGACGUCGUGUGGUUCUCCAAACUACGCGGCCCCUGAGGUUAUCAGUGGUAAAUUGUACGCAGGCCCGGAGGUUGACGUUUGGUCGUGUGGUGUCAUCCUAUACGUCAUGCUCUGUGGAAGAUUGCCGUUUGACGAUGAGUUCAUCCCAGCGUUGUUCAAGAAGAUCUCGAACGGUGUCUACACGAUUCCAAACUACUUGAGUCCGGGUGCAAAGAACCUGCUCACCAGGAUGCUCGUGGUGAACCCGUUGAACAGAAUCACCAUCCAUGAAAUCAUGCAAGAUGAAUGGUUCCUGACCGACAUUGCCGAUUACCUCUUGCCUAACGAUGUUCAGAAGAAAUACGCUGAGAUUGAUGAAAACGCUGUGAAUACCCUUGUCCGCACGAUGGGCUACGACAGGGAGGAGAUCUUGGACACGUUACGUAAGAACACCCAGAAUGAGAUCAUGGAUGGAUAUCUCUUGAUCAAGGAGAACAAGAUGUUGCUCGACGACAUCAAGAAACAGCAAAACGGCCAAGACAGUGAUAAGCUGGAUGCCUUCUUGUCACAGUCUCCACCAUCUGAGUACGAACACAGAGAGCAUGAAAGCAAGAGAUUGAAGGAGGAGAUCACAUACCAAGCGUUAUCGCCUUCUUUGGGUAACAAAGACUCACAGAGUACCAUUGCAAUUCUGCCAACGUCUUUACCCCAGAUACACAGGGCCAACAUGGCGCAGUACGGCUCCGAAUCGGCUGCUAAGAUCAACCCUAUAAGCACCAAGAAGUCCAAGACUCGCUGGCACUUUGGUAUCAGAUCCAGAUCGUACCCACUGGACGUUAUGGGCGAGAUCUACAGGGCAUUGAAGAACCUGGGAGCCGAGUGGACCAAGCCCAAGGAAGAUGAACUUUGGACCAUCCGUGUGCGUUGGAAGUACUCUCCAAACACUGUUGAAGGCGAGGACCCGGCAGCACAGAUCCCAGACAUGAUGAGAAUGAUCAUACAGCUCUUCCAAUUGGAGCCAAACAACUACUUGGUUGAUUUCAAGUUCGAUGGCUGGGAAAACAGCGACGGAAGUGUCAACGCCAAAUUCGACGCCAGUAAGGACGAUGAAAUCAGCUCCUUCAGUGCCUAUCCGUUCCUACACCUUGCCACGCGACUCAUCAUGGAACUUGCUGUGAAUUCACAAGGUGGUUAGGAGCUGUCUCGUUACGUAAUGAAUGCCUUUACCGUGAAAUCUGUGUAGAGAACAACGGCCACUGCGACGCGUUGUGUGAAAUUUUUCACUUUUCCCUGCGCACACGCGUCU